AAGCUGCUCUGGACAGCGAUAGUGUUGUUUCUAAAGUAUAAGUGUGUAAGUGCGUGCUGAGGGAAUUUAACAAACUGAAAUUACAAUUGUCGAACCAAAUAAGAACGUUUUUAGAUCGAAUAUAAGAUAACAAUAACAGCAGCAAUAUGCUGCGGUUUAAUGUAAAUUUUAUUAAAGACUUUGACGUAUAAAAUUUGAAAAACUCGAUGCAAUUGAAGGAUAAACGAAAUACUGAAUUUUGAAAAAAUUAUAACUACGAAUUAAUAAUAUUUAGAGGAAGAACAAAUAAAGGAAGGAACGCAACAACUUGAUUGAACCAAUAGCUUUCACAAGGCGGCGUCGGCAGCUAACGCAGCAGCAGGCGUCAGCCAUGAAGGUUGAUACCGUUAAACUGAAGAAGGGCUCUUCGGAGCUGACUUCAGAAUGUCGCGAAUUGAUUGAUGAACUGACCAAACGACGCACUCGUCCCGAAUUGCUAGAAUUUUUGGAUACAGUGCAUGUUUGGAUAUACGGGAAAUGUGAAUUAUAUCAUUGGAUUGAAAUAUUGGAUCGCUUCGACAAAAUACUCGAUGAGGCGGCUCGCCAUGUCAAUGGCAAUGAGUUUGUGCUGCAGUGUGAUACAACAUUCGAUGAAUCGGAUGUUACUUUGCUACUGCACGUACUCAAUUUCACAACAUUGCUCAUCGAGCACUCAUUCUCGCGUCAUUUGUACAAUUCAAUUGAGCACCUGACGCAGCUACUGUCAUCACAGAACAUGGACAUUGUGCUGGCCGUGCUGAAUUUACUCUACAUGUUCUCCAAGCGCAGCAAUUUCAUUCCACGCUUGCCGUUUGAGAAAAAGGAAUUGCUUAUUGUCAAACUGUUCAAUAUCGCUGAGCGUUGGGGCGAUCCAAACUACGGACUAUCCCUAAAGGACUGCUGCAUUGGCGAGCCAAAGCUAGAAUUCCUUUAUCAGUUGUGCAUUGACUACGUCGAUGAGAAUGGCCACGCUGCACAGCUGGAAAUACCAGACAUGAUGGAUCUCUGCCAGACAGCGGCAGCCCCAGAAGUUAUCAAAACAAUAGCCGGACAGAUCUCAAAGCCCAGUGAGGCCAUUAAGAUGCGCAUUGCUCAUCGAGUGCGUCUCAUUUCUGGCUUUAACAAUUACAAGUUGCGUUUGCAAUUUGUGCAGGCGCGCCUGCAGGCUGUAUCGAUAUUGAUAUACUCGAACGCACUGCAGGAUAACACAGACAAAGUGCUCUAUCCUGGCUUCGGAGAGGAGCUAUGCGAAUUGAUUGAUAAGGAAGAUGUGCAUUUGGUGGAAAUACGUGCCGCUGUGCUGCGUACGCUUACAUCAAUGCUCCACUUUGAUCGUAAUCCCAGUGUGCCCAGAGCUGGCUCCCGUUUGAUGAAAAUCGUGCAUUAUACGGGCGCUGAGAGACAAGGCGGCACACUGCCUUUGCUAGUGCGCGAUUGCAUUGAUAAUUUGACCACACACGGAUUGACAGAUCGCUAUCCAUUGAUCUUAGCCACCUCGCUAUUCUCAUUGCUUUACCAUCUGGCCAGCUAUGAGCUGGGCGGCUCGGCACUUGUCAAGAGCGGCAUGAUGCAGUCGCUGUUGCGCGUCAUUAGCUGGCCGGGUGUUGAUCUGGAGCAUAUUACAUUUGUGACCCGCGCCGUACGCGUUAUAGAUCUAAUCACCAACAUCGACAUUGCACGCUUUCACCAGAACAACGGCCUCAAUGUCUUCAUUGACCGUCUCGAGAAGGAGAUCAAAAGCUGUUGCCGUGCCCUAGCCGAAAUCGGCAUCACACUGAAGGAGUCGACGCUGCGGGACGAGCACAACUCUACAGAUAAACUAGACGGCUCUUUGGAGCAUGCCGAUGAUGAUGAUGCUGCCACAGAGAAUGCAUCCGUGGCCAGUGGCAGUGCAUCUCCGCGUCGCGAUAAUUCGAGCAGCGAAGGCAGCGGCAGUGCCAGUGAUAAUGCUCAGCGUGCCUAUCGCGUCUACAUGGAGCACAGCGGCGGGGAUCAUUCGCGCGCUGCUGGCGCUGGGACACCAGCCAGUUGGCUGGAGAUUGGCUCCCGCGGCUCUGGCAUACAUGCGCUGAGCAGCCUGGCCGCUGCCGCCAGCAGCAGCAGCGAUGCAGCUGGUCGCGAACGACCUGUACAGUAUCCGGCAAAUAGCUACUAUGCUCGACCACUGGCCGAGCGCAAGGCAGAGCUGUCGUCACAGCUGCGCAGCAGCUUGCAGCCAAAGAAGCCAUCGUGUGUGACCCAGCGGGCGGCGCUGUUGAAGUCAAUGCUGAACUUCUUAAAGAAGAGCAUUCAGGAUCAUGCACACUUCAGCAACAUGCGCAACAUUAUGGAAACUAGCCUGACUCAGUCGUUGCGUCACAUCAUCGCCAAUGCCGAGUAUUACGGACCAUCAUUGUUUUUGCUGGCCACCGAUGUGGUCACCGUCUACGUAUUCAAUGAGCCAUCGCUGUUGUCAUCGCUGCAGGACUUGGGCAUAACCAGUGUGAUGCUGAAGGCGCUCCUGCAGAAGGAUGUGCCGGCAACCCGCGAGGUUCUCGGCUCUCUGCCGAAUGUGUUCUCAGCGCUGUGCCUGAAUGAACGCGGCCUCUUUGAGUUUCUAUCGUAUGAUCCGUUCGAUAAGGUGCUACGCGUGCUGCUCUCGCCGGACUAUUUGGUGGCUAUGCGACGCCGUCGCAGCUCGGAUCCUUUGGGCGAUACGGCCACCAAUUUAGGCAACGCCAUGGACGAUCUGAUCAAGCACCAUCCAUAUUUGCGUGCCGAUGCCACCGAGGCGAUUGUUCGCUUGCUCAACGAACUGGUACGCCUUGGAUCUGAUCCCAGCUUCAUAUGCUGGCGCGCCAACAAGGAGAACAGUGUCACUAGCUCCGCUCACGUGGUGGCACCGUCAACGCCAUCGCCAUCGGCUAUGGUCAUGGUGGCAGCUGGGCCAGCACUGCAGAGCGCCGCCGAUAAUAACGACAGCAGCGGCGACGAUGAUGAUGAUGACGAGGAGAUGAGCUCCGCAUCCCAGCAGCAGCAGCAGCAGCAGCAACAACAGCAGCAGCAGCAGCAGCAACAACAACAACAAACGCGAGCCAGCGCUCAACAGCCGCCCGUUGUGGCCAAUCGUCAACAGCAAGCGCAACCACAGCAGCAACAACAACAACAACAGCAGCAGCAGCAGCAGCAAUUGCUGCCACAGCAAUCACAGCAACAACAAGCACAGCAACAGGCGCAGCAACAACAGCCACAGCAGCCCGAACGCGAGGCCAUACCGCUCAUCGAUUAUAUACUGAAUGUGAUGAAGUUCAUCGAGGCGAUCUUCAGCAACAGCCCCAAUGGCGAUCACUGCCGCGAAUUUGUGCAAAAGGAUGGCCUCAAGCCGAUACUGCAGCUGCUAUCGCUGCCCAACUUGCCAGUGGAUUCACCAGUAUCGACCACAUCCCAGGCUGUGGCGAACGUCUGCAAGGCGAUCUUGAGCCAGGCACAGGAGACAAAAGUAUUGGACGUGGCACUCAAGCAGCUGGCCGAUAUUGUGGCGAAAUUGAAGCCGUUGAUCAAGCACUUCACCUUUCCGGGCGGCAGCGUGCUGCUGGCGGAGCUCGUGUGCUGCCAGCGGCUGGAGGACGGCUUUGCCAAUGCCGAGUACACGCCCAUAUUGCACAACAUGAGCUUUGUGCAUGGCUAUGUGGUGAUGCUGGUGCAUCUCUGCCGCAACGCGUCCACUGAAAUGCGCACUGUGCUGCUCAAGCGUUGGGGCGCCAAUCGUGAGACGGGCGUGCAGCUGCUGCAGCAACUGGUCCAGCUGUACAUAUCGCUGGUGUGGGAGAGCACAAUAUUGUUGAAUCUGUGCUCGGAUGAGCCCACCCAGCAUCCGGAUCUCAUAUGGGACGAGAUUGCUGCACAAAUGUCCGCAGCCGCCGGCACAGCGGAUCCAAUGACCGAAGCCGAAUUGUCACGCAAAUUGGAGCGCGCUGCCGAAUUCCGUACCAAAUACACGCCCGAAGAGCAAUUCCGCUAUAUCAAGUCUCUGCUGGCGGCCAGUUCGCGUCUGGGCCGUGCCCUGGCUGAGCUGCUGGGCACUCUGGUCAAGCUAUCGGUGGGCUCACCGCAGGCGCGUCAACGUCGCAUCAAUGACCUCAUUAGCAACAUUAACAAAGUUCCUACGCCGGAGGCGCGCGAAAUCGCUCGCAUCCUCAGCUCCAUACUGGUGAAUGGCUUCAGUCAUGAGAGCAUAUUGCCCAAGCCGGUGCCCAAGCUGAAGCUAACGUUUCUCAUCUGCUCGGUCGGAUUCACUGGCCCGAUGCUGUUCGACGAUAAGCGCAGCGCCUUCCACUUGAUGAUCUCACAGUUUUGCGCCGAGAACGGCCUGAAGGCGUUCUUCGAGAUGUUCUAUUGGGCCCUGUCGCUGGACAAUGUCUCACAGAAAUUCGAGUUCGAUCAAUGGGCACCAUUGGAUGAUCUGAUGCAGCCGCAUGAGGAUGAUAAACGCGACUGCCCUGAGGGCACAGGAGAGUUCCUGGAUGCCUGGCUGCAGUUGCUCGAGAAGAUGGUGAAUCCUCGCGCCAUGCUCGACUCACCAUACACGAUGAGUCCACGAUUCAACUACAUGCCCGACAGUGUGCCCUUCGAGCCGGUGUUCUAUCUGAUUCACAUACAUCAGCUGGCCAUGCAGGCAUUGCGCCGGAUCUGGUGCCGUCGCCCCAUACAGAACUACGGCACCAGCAUGUUCGAGACGAUGCUCUUGAUAUUGAAGCACUUGAUAAAGUCACAUCAGAUGCUGCUCGACCGUUACCAUACGCGCAUGAAAGAGAUCAAAUUGGAGAAUCUCUAUAUACGCAGCACAGACGACGGCCUCAAUGCUGACCACAUCAAGACUCUGACGGACAUGGGCUUCCGCCAUUAUCACAUUAUCGAGGCCCUGCGCAGCAAUGCCUCGCUGGAGGAGGCCACAGACUAUCUGCUGAACAAUCCGGAGGCAAGCGCCCUCUCGCAUUCGGCUCAAGGACAAGCUGGAGCCGGUGCUAACACGGGCACCGGAUCUGCCACUGCCACUGCCACUGGCACUGGCACUGGCACUGGUACUGGAACAACGACUGGCGCUGGAUCAACUCAAAGCCUGUCGCAGGGCAGCUCGGCAUCGAAUGCAGCUGUUGCCGGCGACAUGGACGUCGAUAUGGAGGUGCCGGGCAGCGGUGGCGCCACUGCGUCCACAUCCAGCUCGACCACGGGUGCCGGCGGCGCAACCACGGAUGGACCUGCCGCCACAGUUGGAGCUACGUCAUCCCAGUCGGCGGUCAAGCCGGCACCCAGCCCAACCGGCUAUGACUACAGGCAACUGAAAUUGAUGCCGCCAUACGUAUUCGAUCGGUUCUGUGACGAGGCCGUGUCGCGCGCCUUUGAGUUCAUGGAGGCCAUACCGGACACAGUGAACAGUGCGGCUGAUCUUAUAGCCGUGCUCUACAGACGCCUCAACCAGCUGAAUCGCCAGGUGUUCGUCACCAACUUUGUGCGCAACAUCAUUCAAUGGGUGGACUUCACCCUGCAGCUGUUCGAGCCGACAACGGCCGCAGCUGCAGCCGGAACGGGAUCACCAGCCGGCAGCAAGCCGGCACCGAAGGCCAGUCGCUUGGAGGAGUGCUUGACUGGAAUGACGGCCACACGCCUAUUCGUACGCCUCAAGACGUCCACGCUGCUGCUGGAGGAGAACUACAGCGAUAUGCAUCGUCCCCUGGUGGAGGCCAUCACUGCCCAGGACGCAAUGGUGUCCCUGGUGAAGCUGCUCGACUGCAUGAGCCAGUGGAUGCUGGAUCAGGCCCAGCUGGCAGAGGGACAGACGCGUGCUCCGGUGCCGCGCUGGGUGCAGAAUCUGGUCGAUCUCAUCGAUGCCAUCGAUAGCAUCAGUCACAUACUGCAGCGCAAGUCGAACAUGCGCGCGGUCAGCAGUGACCUGUGGCGCUGGUACGACGCCUCGACUGGCAAAUGGAAUGCCUACUCGGACGCCAACAAUGAGCUGAUUCGCAGCGCCUAUGCCGCUGGCGAACGCUGGCUGCACAUCAAUAUUGGCCGGCAGCGAUGCACCGUUAGCUUCAACUGCAUGACCCAGGUGAGCGAUGCGUCCGGCAGUCAUCGGCCCGUCUACCCGGCAUUGAAGAUCUGCGAGGCGAUUACCCAACUGCAGAAUCCCAUUGCACCCCAGAAGAUUGACAACAUACUGAAUCGUGUGGUGCGCACAUCGCCCGACGGCAAUGGCACCAUACAGACCGACGAGCUCGUGCCGCUGCGCCAGCUGAUCAAUUUCAAUGAGCCACUGGCACCGCCGCCGCCGCCACCACCACCAGCCCCCUCGCAGAGGCAGCAGAAGAAGGGCGACGAAGGGGCGGCAGCGGCAGCGGCAGCGGCAGGGGCAGCAGCAACCCAAGAUGACUUGAGUGGAAACCACUCGCCACCACCGGCCAUGACAACGCGCAGCAAGUCGCGCCAGAAGAGCGCCGCGGCUGCCGCUAAGGCCAAGGCCGCUGCAGCUGCCGCCGCCAACAGCAGCAGCAGCAGCAGCAGCAGCAGCAGCAGCAGUAGCCACACCACCCUCAACGCCUCGUCGACGACGGGCAUACCGAAGCGCACACAGAAGAUUGUGCUCAACGAGGAGAACGUGGGCCUGAGCAAGUUCGACUGCGGCCGCAUCAUCACCAGCAUUGUGGCAUUGCUGCAGACACCGCAUUUGCUGCACCACGAGACGAAGCUGUCGCUGCUGCGUCUGUGUGCCCGCCUGACCCGUAACUUUGAGAACGCCCAGGUGUUCAUACGCUGCGGCGGUGUGCACAUGCUGCUCCACUUGCAGCAGUCGUGCAGCUUCAUGGGCUUUCCCACCUAUGCGAUCAUCAUAAUGCGACACGUCCUGGAGGCGCCGCCCGUGCUGCAGGAGGCGAUGGAGCGCGUGCUGGGCAUGCGUGCCGCUAGCAUUGUGCCGGUCGGCCAUCGUGACCUCAUCUAUGUGCUCACCCAGGUCUCCACAGCGGUGUCGCGCGACCCCAAAAUCUUCGUGGCCGCUGCCAAGGAGAUGCUCAAGGGCGAGUACAUGAUCAAUGCGAAUAGCAGCAGCAGUCUGAUAGAUGACGGUCGCGUCAUGGUCAAGUCCAAAUUUGGCCAGCAGCCAGUGGCGUCCACAACGGGCGCGACAGGCUCAUCGACAACCCAGAAGGAAACUACACCCAAAACUGACAUUACCGAUGAUCCAACAGUGCAGUCCUCCAUUGCCGUGCUCAAGGAGCUGCUGCUGGCACUGGUGCAGCCCUGCUGUCAUUAUACCGCCAAUGUGGCGGAUCAGCCCCAGCAGAACUCAGCUGCCGAGCUCCUGUUGCCCGAUCAACCGCCAGGCACAACAGCCGGAUGCAUGGCGAGUCCCGAAGAAGACGACACAAUUCCCAGCUUGAAGAAGUCAAGCGGCUCAGCCACAUCGAUUGGCGGUGUCUCGAGCUCGACGAGCUGCAGCUCGGAGAAGUACGAGCCGUGCUGCUGCACCUGGCAUAUACCGACCAGUGCGCACAACCACAACAAGCCAACGCUGUCGCGUGCCACAUUGCUGAAGCUGCUGGCGGACGCGACACGCGCCUACCAGUCGCUGGUGCCGCGGGUGCUGCUCGCGCAUGUGUAUGCGCCGAGCGAUAGUCCAUUGAUUGGCAGCGAGUCGCAGAGCUUUCUGGCCGUGAUGCUCGAUCGUUUCCUGCCGCUGACCCAGCGCCAGCAUGUGCCCGAGGUGAGCACAAUGGCGCGUGUGCUGAUCUGCUCGCUCUCGGAUUGCUAUCAGCAGGCGGGCGUGCAGCAACAGGUGGCCGAGGAGCUGCAUGCGGCGGUGGCGCGUGCACUCGCUCAGCCGGACUCGGCCGAGAAGCACACACGCCUCCAGGUGCUAAUGAGCCUGUUCCCCAACCUGAUUGAGUCGCCCAUGCUGUACGAUAAGGUGCACAUGCACCGGAACACAAUGUAUCGGGUGCUGCUGCGCCAGGGCGUGAUGACCUAUCUGACCAAGGUGGCCCAAUACAAGGACCUGUCCAAUCACAAUACGCUGAGCACCCUGGGCGCCAUCUUGCGCCCGAUGGAGAUUCUGCUGCGCUUCAAUGUGGCCACAACAGCGCUGGGCUCGAAGCGCAUCCUCUUCGGCGGCGCCAGCUCGGCCGGCAAUGGCGGCAGCAAUGGCAACAACAGCAACGCCAACGGCAUGGGAGGAGGCAACACGGUUAGCGCGAUCAUCAAUCGUCGCUUGUAUCCACGUCUGGCGGCGCGCACCGUCAACGCAGCUGCGGAGCGCUCGGGCGCGAUGGGCAGCGGCGAGCAUGUGCUGCGUGAUAUCAUACGGAAUGUGCUGUCCGAUCGUCGUCAUGCAUUCGAGUUCAUAUUCAAUUCGGAUGAGAUGGCCGUGGACUCGGAGGACUCGGCCCCGCAGGCAUCGUCCGGCUCUGGCCCGGGCAACAGCGGCGGGCCCGGCAUCAUCGGCGGCAAUCACAGUGCAGCCGCCAUCGAUGUUGGCGAUGAGCGCAGCAAUGGCACCGAGGCCGCCGAACCACCGCCGCCCGCUAGCGGCGGAGCUGGUAGCAGCUCAGCAGUGCGUCCGGUGCUCAAUUUCGAUCAGCUCUGGGACGACUUCCUUCAGUGCGAGGGCCUCUUCUUGGCAUCGCGCGGCGGCAGCAACGGCAAUGCCAGCGGCAGUGGCAACGCCAACGGGGCCAUAGGAUCUGGCGGUGAAGCGACUGAGAACGGCAGCAGUGGCUCUGGCUCUGGCCAGACCCUUGGCACCACUGGCGCCAGCUCGUCCGGCAGCAGCUCGGCCGUUGGCAACAUUGGCGAUAUGCGCUUGCGUGGCAGCAGCAACUCGGACGUGGAUGUCGAUGGCACCGGUGCCCAUGGCAGUGGCAAUGCCAGCAGCAGCGCCGCCAACGACAAUGGCCUGGCCGGCACUGGAAGUGGCAGUGGCAGUGGCAGUGGAAGCGGCAGCGGUGGCGGUGGUGGGGGUGGCAGCGAUGGCGCCUCCACUUCAUCAGAUACCGGCGGCGGCAACGGCAACGGCGGCAGUGGUGGUGCUGGCAGCGGUGGAGUUGCCAGCGCCAGCAGUGUGGGUGGACGUGGAGGCGGCGGUGGCAGUGGCCCACGCUCUGCAAUGCUGUUGGGCGAUGUCAGCUCCAGUGACUCGGACUCGGAAGCAUCGACGGAGAAUGAUGAACGCAAUGCUGAGGAGGAGGACGAUGACGAUGAUGAUGAGGCCGCCGAUGAGGAGGCGGACGAGCAUAGCGAAACGGACGUGGAUGAAGAGCGUCCGCGCCAAUAUAUUGAAGUAUUUGAUCAUAUCUAUGAGCCGGAGUCAUCCGAGACGGCAUCCAAUGAUGCCGACGUCGAUGCCGAGGAUGAUGACGAGGACGACGACGACGAUGAUGACGAUGACGAUGAUGACGACGAUGAGGACACUCGUGCACGCAAUGCCGACGAUGCGGCUCUCAUCGACGAAGUUCUCGCCCAAGUGAAUGGCACCGGCAGCAGCUCGGGCACCUCGGCCGCAGCCAACUCCAACAAUCGGCCACGGCGCAGCGCCGCCAUCGAACCGAAUGGCGGACAUGGUGCGGUCGGCGCUAAUGGCAUGGAGCAGGCGUCGCGUGACACCAAUGUGUUCCUGUAUGAACAGCUGGGCGACGCCGCCGACGGAUUCGAAACGGCACAAAUGCGCGAGAUUUUACGUGGCCAUGCGCACGGACACGGACACCUGAUGCCACAGCCGCCAUCGAAUUUCCGUGUGCGCAUGAAUAGCUCGAUCGCGCUGCCCCUGGACAUAGAUGUGAAUGGCGGCGCCUCGUCGUCGGCGGCGGCGGCAGCCGCUGCUGCUGGACGCAACAGCUCGAAUGCCAAUUCGGUGGCAGCCGCUUUGCGCUCCUCAUCCGAUUCGUGGAUGGCGCCCGACUUCAAUUUCAUUGGCCGUGGCGGCGCUGGCACGGAUGCCGCCAAUCCUGGGGACGUCAAUGUGAACGGAUUCCUGCCGCCGGCCAUGGUGCAGCUGGAGCGCAAUACUGGCGGCGGUGCCGGCAACAAUCCGACCAUGAGCAAUCUGCUCGACGAGCAGCCAUCGACAGCACCGCCGACUGCGGCAGUGAUUAGCACCGGCGGCAACAGCGGCGCCGCCAACGGCACCGGCAGCACUGGCGGCGGCUCCAAUACGGCGGUUAGCCAUCCCAACAAUUCGUCGCUGUGCAACACUGGCGUGCGACGUCGUCUGCUCUACCUGGACCAGCAGUACUGCGUCUGCAUGCCCACGCACCAGAAUCCUACCGAAGAGACACAAAUGGAGAUGUUCACACAGGAUGCUCUGCACUGGUGGCUGGAGGAAGCCAAAGCCCUGGACAUGGAGAGCCAAACCGAUGCCUGUCUCUAUGCGGCACACUUUCUGCUGCCGCACCUGAUCAAAGAGCUCAAGCUGGCUCAUCAGCAGCGCAAGCAGGAGGAGGCCAAUCGCGUGGCCUCGGCCGCAGCGGCUGCAGCUGCUAUGAGUGCUGCCUCUGCCUCAUCCAAUGCCCCAACUGCUGCUGCUACAGCCGCAUCGGCCAGCACAGCCGGUGACUCAGGCGCAGCUGCAACCGGCGCUAAUGCGAAUGCGACAAGUGCCGCGGCCACAGCUGUCAACAGUUGGCUCACGAGCACGUCAUCCACAACAACCACCAGCAGCAGCAGCUCCAGUGUACUUGCUCCGCCGCCAUUACCACCGUCUGCACAACUGGCCGGAUUUGCAGCAACAGCGGCGACAACAACGGCAUUGACGCCAGCCUCAGCCACCAACAAUUUCCGUAGCUCCAUACCCAGACUGAUUCCAUCGAUGCAAUUCAUGAACGCCACAUCGCUGCCCACGGCGCCGUCGGCAACCUCAACAGCACCGCCCACUCUCACGGCUGCGCACAGCAACAACAGCGGCAGCGCCGCAGUCGCAGCACCACCCGCUGCACCAGCCGCAGCACCACCCGCUGCAGCAGCAGCAGCAGCUCCAGCGCCUCCAGCUGCUGUGAGCGUGGAGCCACGUCGGCCGCGACAACGCAACAAUGGCGCUCGCCAUCAGGCGCUCUACAAUAUAUAUGCGGAGAUUGAUUUGACCAACGAACAGGACUCGGUCAGUCCUCCGGAUCAGCCUGCACAGCAGCAGCCAAUAUCGCAGCCACAGCAGCAGGCACCACCCCAGCUAUUCCCCAGUGCACAGGGCCCGUCAGCGGCCAUGGGUGGUGGCCAUGGUGGCAUACCGCCAUCGCAUCCGCCACGCCAUCCACCAAUGCCGCAUCUGCCCAGCAGCGGGCGGCCAUCGCGUACACGAACACGCGCCGAGGCGGCUGACAUCAUGGAGUUCCAUAUGAACGAGUCGCGCCAGAACUCGACGCGCCGCAACAACAAUAUUAUUGCCAAUUCAUCGCGCACCGCCGCUGGUGGUCGCUCCAGUCGGGAGAUGCCCGUCGCUCGCUUGCAGCGUGUCUCGUUGUCUGGGCGCCUCAAUGCCGAGGAUGGAGCUGAGAACAGCGAUGACCGUUGGCGCGAGUCGCCCGUGCGCUUGUCGAAUUCCGACUUGAUAUUCCCACUUGAUAUGAUGCCGAGCAAUUUGAACUUCCCCGAUCCGCCGCCGCCACCGCCGCUGCAACCGCAGCCACGUGUGCAGCAGCAAGAACCGCAACAAGACCAAGAUGAGCAUCCGGAGUCUGACUCGGAUCAGGAUUUCGUGCCAGACUUCUCGAAUACCACAGAUCACACGACCCUGUACGACCCGCCGCCGCCAGAUGUAUCCAUAUCGGAGCUGGCCGCUCAGCUCAUGGUCAACGAUCAGCGCGAGGAGGCCCCCCGACCAUCACUGAGAGACCCACCGGAGCCUUAUAGUAAUCUCAACAGGGCAACUCUCUCAGCCGUGGCCGCAGCUGUUGUGGCCGCCGUCGAGGCAGAGCCGGUGCCAGACUUUCCCGAUUUGGAGCCACCCAACGUAAGUUUGGAGUUGCGCAGUCGCAGGAACCAGCAGCACGCAACGGAUCCGAGCUCGCUCUUUGAUUUUGACACAGCAGACGAAGCCGAAGCAGCUGACAAUGCGGCUACUAGUAGAUUUGACAAUGCUAUUGCGGCUGCUUUGUCAGCAUCAGCCGCAGCCUCGGCCGCAGCGUCAGCCGCAGCCGCAGCCGCAGCUGCAGCCGUAGCCUCCGCCUCAGCCGCAGCCACAGCCUCAACCACAGCUACAGCUACAACGACAUCAACAUCAACAUCGACGUCAACUACAACCACUAGUGGUAGUGGUGGUGGCGCCACAGCCAGCGCCGCCGUUGUCACCGACAUGAGUCCAGAGGUGCGUGCCGCAUUGGGCGACCUGGAGGUGCCCGAGGGCGUGGAUCCCUCCUUCCUGGCCGCGUUGCCCAGCGAGAUGCGCGAGGAGGUGAUCCAGGAGCAUCUACGCAUGCAGCGCAUACGCCAGCGUGCCCAGCAGAAUGCCAUACAGAUUGCGCACGAUUCGCUGGUGGAAGUGAAUCCGGAAUUCCUAGCAGCAUUGCCGCCCAAUAUACAGUCGGAGGUGCUCAUGCAGCAGCGUAUCGAGCAGCAACGUCAGGCGGCGCAGAGCGCCAAUCCAGAUGACCCCGUCGAUACAGCCGCAUUCUUCCAGAAUCUACCCGACAAUUUGCGUCAAGCUAUACUAACUGAUAUGGAGGAGUCGCAGAUAGCAAGCCUUCCGCCGGAGCUGGCGGCUGAGGCGCAGUUCCUGCGUCGCGACUGGGAGUCACGCAACGGCGCUCGUAUGGACGCCCAUCCACCGAGUAAUGCGCUAUCUCGCUUCCAGACCACGCUACAGAAUCUGGAUGAGGCGCGCUGGCACAGCGCCAUCUGGUAUGAUGCCAGUGGCAACGCUCAGCCGCAACAUCAUCAGCACACGACAAUUGUGCAUCAUCAUCAUAUUGCGCCGGCCACAGGGAAGCCGCUGGCCUUGCUGAUGAUGGAGGAUGAGAAUAUCUUGCUCGAUCCGGACUCACUGGCCACGCUGCUGCUGUUCCUGUUCGUGGAGGAUCAGAAGGUGAACAGCGUGCGGCUGCACCGUGUGAUACGCAACCUAUGCCAUCAUGAGCCGACACGUGACUGGAUCAUCAAGGCCCUGAUUAGCAUUAUACAGAAGACAAACGAGGAUAAUUCGAAUUUCGGCGUCGCCAACUCGGGCAGCAAGCCCGAGUGGCUGAAGCUGCGCGUCGAUGCCGCCUUCGGCUACAAGAGCAACAUAUUCCUAAUCAAUCGCAUGUACGAGGGCAGCGCUCGCAGCAUCAGCAUCAAUCCGCAGGCAGCCCAAAUGAUUGUGCGCAACUGCCUCGACCUGUUGUUCGUGCUGGCCAAACACUAUCCAUUCAGCUUCUUGCCCUACAAUCGUGAGCCGAAGUCGCGUACCCGCAUGCUCAACUCCGUGUUCGGCAUGCCCAAUGUCGGUGCCUCGUCGCGCUUGGAUGAGGCAGCGGCAGCUGCAGCUUCCUCUGCGGCCAGCGGCGGCAACGGGGAUUACCGCUCACGCUACCAUCGCUAUCAAAUGGCCAAUCGUCUGCGCGGCAUUCUGGAUGACCAGCUCCAGACUCAGAAUCAGCAGCAUCAGCAAAUGCAGCUGCAGCUGCCCAAGGCACAGCCGCUGGAUGAGGCGCCAUCCACAUCGAAGGCCGCUGCAGCCAAGGCAGCUGCCAGCGCUGCUAAGCCGCCGCCAUUUACCAACAAUAACAACAACAAUGACGGCACCACUGUCGCCUAUCAGACCAACGCGCACAGCUUCUGGGAUGUGGUGCUGAAUAUAGAUAGGCAGACGCCAGUGCGUUUGGCCAAUGUCUCACAGUUUCCGCUGACCUCGCAGCCGCCCUGGAAGUGGCAGAGCAAUACUAGCGACUUUUUAUCCUUCACUGACUCGCCAUUUGGGCAGCUUCUGGAGAUGCUGCCGUACAAGGUCAUCUGUCGUUCGCCGCACUUGACGGACAUGCUGGUCAAACUGUUGGCCUCGCUGAGCGUUGAUCUGCCCAAGGAGGAGGAGCAGCAGAUGCAGGUGCAUCUGCACCAUGGGCAGUCGCAGCAACAACAACGCCAGCAACACCAGCGGCAACAGCAACAGCAACACUUGCAGCAGCAGCAGCAGCAGCAACAACAACAACAACAGGAUGAGCAAAUGCCCCAGCAGGAUGAACAGAUGUUAACACAGCAUCUGGAUGAUGAAUUGCCGGCCCUGGUGCCGCUCAGUCAACUUCAAGAGGAUAUGCGCUCCCGAAAUGCCAGCGCAGCACAGGGCGAACCACCACGCCCACUGCCGCAGCUGGUUGCACAUGAUGAAAACGAUUCCGACGACACAGAGGAGGAGGCAGAGCCAAGGGCGGCUCCCAAUCGUGAAGCCGAUGAUGCCGUCGACGACGACGACGACGACGAUGACGAGGACGAUGACGAUGAGGACGACGACGAUGCCGACGACGAUGAAGAUGACGAGAUGGCAUUGCCGAGAGGAGCAGCAGGCGGUGCUAAAACGUCAAAGCCACUGCCACCAACACCAUCGGCGGCCGUCCACUCGCACAAGCCACGUCGCAAAAUCUAUGCCAAGAACUUUUCACAGCUGCAAUUGGUGAUUGAGGUGUUGACCCAUCAAUGUGGCACCACUGAAGGUCUAGACAACGUUACUAAAUUGAUAGUGAAUCUCACGCAGUGCUCACAGGCAUCGAAUGCCAUAUUUAUACAGUACUUGACCGCCGCCAUUCUCGGCCUGGCCGAGGAGGUGCGUCAAGCCAUACAAACGCUGCUCAACGAGAUCAGAGCGUACAAUACACAUGGCCAGCAUACGGUGGACGCUAACAAACCGGGCACGAGCAACGCUACCAUCGGCGCCGGCGGCAACGCCAACGCCAGCCCCAGCCCCAGCACCAGUACUGGCGCCACCACUGGCAACAACAACAACAACACUAACAACAAUAACAGCAGCGCAAGCUCUAACACAAACAGCAGCAACAACAACAACAACAAUACUAGCAGCAGCAGCGGCGCUGCCUUGCUGACCAAUUUAACCGUCCACGAGGGCACGAUGCAGGAUCGCUUCACAUCCGAAUCGGUGAUCAUAUCGGCCCCAAAGAAUGCCAAGCCAACCUGUGAGCUGCAAUUGCCAUCAAUGAAGAAGCUAAUGUCGAACUCGUCGGCUCAGCCCUAUUUCCUGCGCACGCUGAAGAUAUUCAUGCAGGUGCGCGACAUGUACGAGGUGCAGAACAGCCCGACGGACGACACUGACGAAAUCAUUGACAUUAUUGGCGAUGCGGGCGCAACGGCAACAGUUGCCCCGAACACUGCGGCUGCAGGUGCAGGUGCAGGUGCAGGUGGCAUUAGCAGCAACAGCAUGGAAACCGACCAAAAGACAUCAAGUGGCAAUGGCUCCAAGAGUCCAGCUGCCAAGCCGACGCUCAGCCAAAUUCUAUGCCUGGACGUGCUAUGGCACACGCUGAGCGAGUGCCUGGUGGCUUUGGAGGAGUCCAAGGAUGAGUUUGCCGUGUUGGUGCUCCAGCCGACUGUUGAGGCCUUCUUUCUCAUACACGCGUCGCAUCGCGUAACACCCAGGAAGCCCGGACGUGGCGGCAGUGCAGCUGUAGCUGCAGCUAGCAGCGGCUCGGGAUUGCGCGUUGCUCCGCAUCCCGUGACCGAACAUAUUCCACAAUUGGACGACACAAACAGCAGCAGCAAUAGCAGUCAGGCCCAGACUUCAAAUAGCUUUGAAGAUGAAUCCCGCAUGCAGGAUGGCUCCAUAGGUACUGCUACUGGCCAACAGGUGGCGCUAACCGCCCACGAGGCCCAACUGAAGCAGGAUCGCCAAAAGUUUUUACAGUUCGCAGAGAAACAUCGCACGGUGCUUAAUCAAAUAUUACGCCAGUCGGCCACACAUCUGUCCGACGGCCCGUUCGCCGUAUUGGUCGAUCAUACACGUAUCCUCGACUUUGAUGUUAAGCGUAAGUAUUUCCAGACCGAGCUGGAGCGACUGGACGAGGGCAUACGCCGCGAAGAGCAUACAGUUAGCGUACGGCGUGUUACCGUAUUUGAGGAUUCAUUCCGUGUGCUCUAUCGUCUGGGUCCCGAGGAAUGGAAGAAUCGCUUCUAUAUUGUAUUCGAGGAUGAGGAGGGCCAGGAUGCUGGCGGCUUACUCCGUGAAUGGUAUGUGAUAAUAUCGCGAGAGAUCUUUAAUCCCAUGUAUGCCUUGUUCUGCGUAUCGCCGGGCGAUCGCGUUACCUAUAUGAUAAAUCCAUCGAGUCAUGCGAAUCCCAAUCAUUUGAGCUACUUUAAGUUUGUCGGCCGCGUCAUAGCCAAAGCCGUGCACGAUAAUAAGCUACUGGAAUGCUAUUUCACACGCUCGUUUUAUAAACACAUCCUGGGCAAACAGGUGAAGCAUACGGAUAUGGAAUCGCAGGAUUACGAGUUCUACAAGGGACUGGACUAUCUGAUGAAAAAUGAUAUAUCAACGCUUGGCUACGAGUUAACCUUCUCGACAGAGGUGCAAGAGUUUGGCGUUACACAAAUCCGUGAUCUCAAGCCAAAUGGACGCGACAUUGCCGUCACCGAGGAAAAUAAAUUCGAAUAUGUUCAACUCGUUUGCCAGCUAAAGAUGAGCGGCUCCAUACGUCAGCAAUUGGACGCAUUCCUUGAAGGCUUCUAUGAUAUAAUUCCAAAGCAUUUAAUAUCUAUAUUUAACGAGCAGGAACUAGAGCUUCUCAUAUCCGGACUGCCGGAUAUCGAUAUUGAAGAUCUGAAGGCAAACACUGAGUACCACAAGUAUACAUCCAAAUCGGCCCAGAUUCAAUGGUUUUGGCGUGCAUUGCGCAGCUUCGAUCAAGCAGACCGUGCGAAAUUCCUACAGUUUGUCACUGGCACCUCGAAGGUACCGUUGCAGGGCUUCGGUUCCCUAGAAGGCAUGAAUGGCAUACAAAAGUUCCAAAUACAUCGCGAUGAUCGAUCCACCGAUCGUUUGCCAUGCGCACACACCUGCUUUAACCAACUGGAUCUGCCCAUGUACAAGUCGUAUGAUAAGCUGCGCAGCUGUUUGCUCAAGGCCAUACACGAGUGCUCAGAGGGCUUUGGCUUUGCCUAAGCUGUGCCGUCCGAGAAUACCCACAUCGAUCGAUAAGAGAAAUGAGGAAAUUAACUAAAUUCACACAUAUAACACACACAUACUGAUCACACUCAUACACAAAGACACACACGCACACUCUCAUUUAAAUUCAAGAAUUCCUACAAGAAAAAAAAAUACUGCGGAGAAAACUAUUUCGAAGAGCCACAA